AGUGUUUCCAGGUGUUGGGAAGUUCUACUGUUUUAAAGUAGUACGACGGCCUUCAGUGUCUCAGAGGGAGCUGAGAGGAGUCCGAUAAACGCCCUCAAGUGAUGUCACUCGAGUCAGUGUCGGUUGGGGCUGAAGACUACAAGUUUGAAACUGUGGCGUCAGAAAGCAGCAAGCUCAGCAGACCUCUGCAGCCUGCUGCUCGCCUCUGCUGCAGGCUACAUUAGCCGCUACUAGCAUAACACACCACAAUCUCACACCCAGCUGUCAGAGGAAGGAUUGUGGGUAAUGUAGGCGCCAGGCUUUGACAAAGAAGAAUGUGUGGAAUAAAAAAGACGAUAUCUCUGGUUGUGCUGCAUCGAUUUUGUUCUUUUUUUAACUGUCUAUUGUUCAUUGUAUUCCCUCUCUCUCUAUCUCCCUCACACACACAUUUCCUCAUAAUAAGUGAAGGUUUUCUCGGUGUGAAGCAGCAGCUGUUUGGUCAUUUAUUAUAUAUAUCUUUAGAACAUAAAUACAUCUCAGCAACAUCAGACUGACACCAGGCAGCAUCAGCUCACUUCAUCUGAAAUCUGACAGUGACGUCUCCACCGUUCAUAUGGGUACUUCCACGCUACCGUCGCCAGAUCGUCCCCGUACAUGUUACCUGCGUAAUGGCCACAACUGGUAUCCGUCGUCCUCCUCCUCCUGGCUCCACUAUUGACCAGUUGCCAGAAGCCCGUCCUCCCAGUGGACUGCAGUGACAUCUGUCACCCAGACAAGAGCCGACCCAGCGGAGUGUACACCAUCUACCCCGCUGGAGAAAAGUCUGCUGUCCAGGUGGACUGUGGCAUGGCGUCAGAAGAAGGACGGUGAGUAUUUUAACUGAAGUCAACGUCAUCGAGUCACAACUGAAAUGUACGAGCUGCUGGUGGACAUGGAGGACUUCAGUGGAAACAAAGUGCUCGCUCGUUACUCGUCGUUCUCCAUCGACCCAGAGUCCAACGGAUACAGACUGCAUGUAUCUGGGUUCACUGAUGGAGGGGCAGGUGAGUUGGUGGCAGCAGAAGUUGUUAGUUUCCACAAGUAGAAGGUUUGCACACGACACUGAGGAUUUCUGCUCUGAAAUCAGUCUGCUCAGACUUCAUCAAUCACACGGAGGGUUUUCCGUCCAUGGAGGAGGACACAGGGUGCUUUCCAUUUGGACGGAGGAAUAUAAUUCACUAGACGGGACAUCCUCGCUCCCUCCAGCGUCAUUUUGAGGAGACGACAAAACUCAUGACGCAUGGCAUCUCAACUGUCAAACGUGUAGGAAUAGGUAUCAGUAGUUUAAAACACCUGACGUCUGAUGACUGCUGCUCCGACACUGAUUAUAUAUGUAUAUAUCAUAUAUGUGGAUAUGGUCUGUAAAAGACAUUCAACAGGACAAAGACAACAGAGAAAAUACCUCCCCAGGGGGCGCCGGAGAGUUGAAGGGGAGGCAAAGAUACUGCAGGAGGUGAAUUUGACUCAUUCUAGCAGAAUGUAUUAUGUCAAUGAGUGUCCUCACAAGUAUAGAAGUAAAAUGUGAGUGUGUUUCCUGAACUGGCUAGACUCUGUAGUUAAUCUCCUUAUGUAAGCGCUUGUUUAAUUCACUUUUCAGUGGCCUGUAAUCCUCCUCCUCCUCCUCCUCCUCCUGCUGACAUUAUGUUUUAAUCCUCAGAUGAUGACAUCACUGUCUGUUAUUCUGAUGUGAAUCUCAUUUUGUUGUUGCCACAAAAACACUACACCAGUAACCAGAGAGCGCAGACCUCCACCCAGGCUGCACACACACUGUGACGUAUAUGACCGGAGGACUUUUGCUGCUCAUAUGAUCAAAUAUAAUCAGCAUUUUAAUGGAGCGAGUGACGUCGAGAGAGUGAUAGAGCGAGCUGCAGUCAGACUGCCGCUGAAUGAAAACUUCCCGGAGCUUCACGGCUGUUAAACUGAUGCUUUCCAUCUUGUUUUGUCUCGCUGUGGUUUAAUCUUUGCCUGCUUCUCUCUGGAUGUUGACUCGAUGGAGCCUCCUCACAGCAGCCUGAACAGUGUGGAGCUGAAGAGCCUGCAGCUGUGUGACAGGGGAGGCACAGAGUCUGCAGACAGCGGCAUCGGGUACAUGGACAACCUGCCGGUUCCUCAGCAGAUCCGGAUCAGUAACAUCACCUGUGAUUCGUUCAAGAUCAGCUGGGACAUGGACAGCAGAGGCACAGAGAGGAUCACUCACUACUUCAUCGACCUCAACAAGAAGGAGCACAAGAACUCCAACAAGUUUAAACACAAGGACGUACCGACUAAGCUGGUGGCGAAGGCGGUUCCCCUGCCGAUGACGGUGAGAGGUCAUUGGUUCCUGAGUCCUCGCACAGAGUACACCGUGGCCGUCCAGACGGCCGCCAAACAGCCAGACGGAGACUACGCCAUCUCUCAGUGGAGCGAGAUCAUCGAGUUCUGCACCGCAGAUUACUCCACCGUCCAUCUGAACCAGCUGCUGCAGAAAGCCGAGGCCAUCGCCGGCAGGAUGCUGCCAUUCACCAUCUUCUACAGAAACCAACAGCAGGAGUACUUCCAACAGGCCAGCCCCUCUUAUCGCUCCAGAGACGUUCAGUGCCGCCGGAUGCUGCCAUCAGUUAAAGACAACAGCGGCAGCCAUGGGUCACCCAUCAGUGGCAAACUGGAGGGGGUCUUCUUCAGCUGCAACACAGAGUUCAACACAGGAAAGCCCCCCCAGGAUUCCCCAUAUGGACCCUACCGCUUCCAGAUCCAAGCUGACGUCCUCUUCAACCAGAACACCAACAUCUACUUCGGGGAUUUCUACUGCAUGUACACGUCCUACCACUACGUCAUCCUGGUCCUGGCACCUGACGGCUCCAAAGGAGACGCCUUCUGUAAAGGGAGGCUGCCGCCACUGGACAGAUCCAACAACUGCUUCCUGAGCUUCACUGAGGAGGAAGACGGCUCGCUGUCUUUCCGUCACGCCCAGGACGUCAUCCUGGAGGUGAUCUACACAGAGCCGGUGGAUCUGUCUUUAGGGACGGUAGCACCAAUCAGCGGGCACCAGCUCAUGAGUCAGUCCACCGUCAACGCCAAGAAAGACCCCAGCUGCAAGAUCUGCAAUAUCAGCGUUGGACGUUAGCCCGAUCUUUUGACCGGGCAACCAGCUAACCUGCUAAUACCUGACAUGGUGACUAGAUAGUAGCUAACAAGCUACUAACAAAAUUCAUCACCCACUCAUUGUGGAACGACUGGCUAGCUAAGUGCUAGCACUGCCUGGCUAGCUAUCAGGCAAUCCAUUUAACUAAACACUAAAUCCACUUUUUAAUAUGUAACGCCACUUUAUUAUACCUUCAAUUGAUUCUGGUAUUAUAUACCGUCUAUUUCGGUCUUUCAGAAUCCACAGAACCACAGUUAUAUAUGUAACUGAAAAGAGAGCGUGACUGAAAAUACAGAGCUAAAGAAAACCAGAACUUUACGGUUCUGUUAGAGAUAAGAAAUUUAAAAAUCCAGAGCAGCAACAUAAAAGUACUCAACAUUGUGUUACGUCUCUAAAUUAUAAGUCUACAUAAGGAUGGUAAAUGUGCAAAAAACAAUGUAAUAUGUUUAUCUAAUAUUUAUGUUUUUAGCGGCCUUUGACAAACACCAUUUCCCAUAAACUCGCAGAACAUCACUAGUUAAACAUCACAUCUCAACAGAAUGAAGCAAGUCGAGUGUCUGUGGUUAGUUCAGACAUGCAACAGAAAGAAUGUGACAGUAAGAUCAGCUCUUAUAUUAUAUUUUCAUCAGUGUUUAUAAUCUGCACCUUUUCCUGCUCCUGCUGCUGCUGCUGCUGCCUCAAAUGCUCACAAACUGUAAACAUCCUGAACUAAAACAUACUUCAUUGUCCUUUAUUGUAACAUAGAUUAAAAAUGACUCCACAAUA